AUUAGUUAAAAAGUGAAAGGAAUUUGUGUUAAAUUAAAUCAUUGGACUGUUUCAAGUAUAUUUAAAGAUUAAAUUCUCAUGUGACGAGGUGGCCGAGUGGUUAAGGCGUUGGACUGCUAAUCCAAUGUGCUCUGCACGCGUGGGUUCGAAUCCCAUCCUCGUCGACUUUUUCUGUUUUGUUAUAUUUUUUAAAAUCUUAUAUCAAGUUAAUACAUUCUUCUUUUUAUAGUACAUUAGUAUAUCUUGACAAAAAGUAAUAAAAUUUAAAAGAAGAUAUGAGAAUUUUUUAAGCAAACACAAAUAGAUUAUGCAGAAAAUAGAAAUGACAGACGUAUUUUUUUAUCUUUUUGUACAUUAUGUAUUGCGUAACCUAAUAUUGGAAUAAUUAUUGUGUAACUGUUUCUUAAAUUAUCUAGCAAAAAUUAAUGAAAAGAUAUGAAACGAAGCAAGAUAAUUUUGAAACGGCAAGACUAUCAAAAACAUCUCAGGCUCAACGGAACUUCAGAAUCGUCGGAAUCGUCUGAAUUAAUAAAUAAAAAUGUUCCCAACACUUUUAUUAAUUUCAAAUUUCCACAAACUAUAUCGAGUACUAUUUAUCAGGUUAAUUACAUCUUAAUGCAAAGCAUAUAUUUAAUUCAUUUCUUUCCAUAAUUCUAAUAUGAUGUAUCGCGUCACAAAUCCUACAAAAAAUUUAUCUCCAACAGAAGAAUAUCUUCAAACGAUCACAUAUCUCAUUGAAAAUAAAUCAUUAUCGUCUCGCACUUCUAUAAUCCUCGAGGAUAUGUAUGUCAAAUACAAAUUGAACAAAGGUUAUAAAAUAAAGUAUUGACGUGGACGCUGGAACCGAUCAUUCUCGAGAAGACUCGAUAAAAAUCAUUAAAUGUUACGACACGCAUAAACAAACUACACCCAUCGCAGAUAUUUGCAUAUUCGUAAUAAUAUAUAAUGAUAGUCGCAAAAUUGUUCGUAGUGAAUAAAAAAAAAAUCCAUCAACGUCCAGAGAAUAACAGCAUGGAACUUCAUCGUCGACAAACUCGAUGGAAUCUCACACAUUGAAGAAAACAGAAACACCCAUGAGAGAUUCCAAGCCACCUUGGUUUACUUUUAAAACGGUCCAGGACUUUUCAUUCAAGCGACCUUGCGAUCAGGAGAUGAUGCUGUUCAACGAUGUAUUUUCGGAUUUUUCUCUGUUCGAUGUAGGCUAUGAUAAAGAGAUGAAGAAGCGUAUCAGACAGUGGAUGGCGAAUGAAGGGCGAUCUUCGGCAAUUACCCUAAGCACGAGCAAUCAAACUAAAAGGGGACUCAAACUCCGGUGGAAAUCCCGAACAAAGAACGCAAAAAGAUAAUCAACGGAAAAAAAUGGGUCUAAAUGACCCAUAAAGAGCCAGCCUCUAAGAGAAAAAGUUACUUUGACGAUUUCCAUUUUCUUUUUGCUAUUCUUAUAUAUGAAGAAACAUGUAGCGGAACAGGUUGCAAUAAUGAAGGAAUAGAAAGCUCCUUUCUUUUAGCUGUUCCUUUAAGAAGAUACUAUAUAUUCGAUCUAAAUCAAAACUUGAAAUUACGUCAUGGCGGUCCAAUUCGGGGUUGGCAGUGUCACGCCUAUUAAUUUCUAAACAUGGAGCUAUUCGCCUCCGGGUCGACAUCGGGAUAGUAGAUUUUAUCUGACAAUGGCAACAAGAUCACCGACACAUGGGCAAAAAUCGCAUGGAUCCGGUGAACGUGUAUGUCUUUUUAUGUCAGUGCCACAAUUUGGAGAAAGUGCGUCCUUGGCAGGUUUUACAAUAUCACGACCCGGCAUUGGUAUAUGUAUCACAUUACAUAAACGAAAGGAAGGCCAGAGUAUAAGGGAAAAAAGUUAAACGGCUUAUGUGACGUAGCAGUAUUCUUUUAUGCAAUACAGAAAAAGCGAGUAACUCGAAAAAAGAUCAUUCACGUGAAUCAAACAAGUUAUUACGUGAUGCAUAUAAUUGGCGACAUCGGUCAAUUCUGCUGGUUAAUGAGCCUCAAAUAAAUUUAAUUCGUUAAAACUUAUUUUCGUACCCUCUUGCUUCAUGAAAACAUCUUAAUUGGACGAAUAUUAAAUACCAAGCAUAUGUAUAUUUAAGUUAUGCAAAAUUACAAAAUAGAAAUACGUAAAGUAAUCGUGUUUACGUAAUUGCCGAAACUUUACCAGAUAAAUAUUGUGUGAUAUCGUGGAAACGUCAAUAAAAUCUAAUUUCAUGAUGUGAUAAAAACUUUUACGCUGAAGAAGAAGCUUCUUCCUUAACAUUAUGUUGGAACAUAAUGUUAUGAUUGAUACGAUUGUUCCGUAUGCUUAUAAAAUUAGUGAUCUUAAUUGAGUCAAGACCACGCCCGACAUUCGACCAUGUCCCCCCUUAACCUGGCUAUGUUCCACCACUUUCUUAAUGGUUCCUUACGAAAAAAAGUGUACCAUGAUACAAUUUCCCUCUCCCUUGAUCAGCCAUACCCAAUCAAAUUGGAAACGGUGGCACCCAAAAUUCAAUUGAUCCCCCUGCAAGCUUUGCUGCAUAUAAAUACCGGGCCAAGUUUCGUAUUCUGUCAGAGCACAGCGGGUCCUUCACUCAAAAGCAAAAUGGCAUUCAAGUUCGUAGUACUCGCAGCCUUCCUGGCAGUAGCCAGUGCCGGUGGCCCAGCCGCUUAUGACAUCGCAGCGUCGUCUGGUGACCACAGCAGCAUCGGUUUCAGCCAGGAGUCCACCCAGAAAGGUUUUGCCGGUCAGAACGUGAUUUCUUCUUAUUCGAAGUCCGACGACUCCGCUCAUUCCUUUGUCCGCGUGAGCAGCCACAGCGUCAGCAACGACGGUCUCCUCAACUACGAAAUCAGCCAUACUCCUAUCGUGAAGGCGGCCUACACUGCUCCAGCCUACCUCACGCCGACCGCCGCUCCCCUCAUUGCCAAGACAUACGCUGCCCCGUACAGCUACAGUGCUCCCUUGGUCACCAAGGCCUACGCCGCCCCAUACAGCUACGCAGCCUCAGCUCCUCUGAUUGCUAAGACUGCAGUCGCUGCACCAGCUCCUCUUCUGGCCAAGACUUACGCCGCUCCUCUGUCCUACGCUGCGCCAGCUGCUCAUUUGUCCUACGCCGCACCAGCCGCUCAUCUGUCCUACGCAGCACCAACCGCUCAGCUGUCCUACGCUGCAGGUGCUCCUCUCCUCGCCAAAAGCUACGGAUACGCUGCCCAUGCUCCAGUCAUUGCCAAGAGCGCCCUGAUCGCGCCAGCCCAUGGAUACACCGCCUCCAUCGCCUCAGCACCUCUUCUAACUAAGACUUAUGCCGCCACUCCUCUCGCCCAUGCAUACGCUCCACAGGCUCAAUUGAUCUCCAAAGCCUACGGAUACGAAGCGGCUGCCCCCGUCGUGCACACGGUAUUCAACGGUCUCGGUACCAGCUACGCCUGGUAAAUCUUUGUGGCCCUAUAUGUUAAGCCUUUCGGUUUCUUCUUCUUGGAUUUCUUCAGUCUUCCGAACAAGAUUUUGAAUAUUUGACGAUUCUAAGAAGUACAUAUCUUUUCUUCAGUGAAGUUCAAUUGCGUUAUGAUUAUGACGGUGAAUUUUAUUGAAGAGGAAGUAUCGAUGAUCAGGAUGAUUUAACAGGAACGAAAGACUUAACAGAACCGGAUUCAAACUUGUAGAUAAAUGUUUUAACAAUUCCGCGCUAUCAGGACAGUAGAAAUUGAUUAUAUAAAUAUAAAGGACUCAAAUAGAUGUAUGAAUGUUGCGUAUAAGUAGGUAUAGGUGAUAUUAAUUUUAUUUAUAUUAUACACACCAGCUACCUUUAUGAAACACAUUUAACGAAACACAUUUUCGAUCCCGAAGGAUUUUUCACACAUUCAAAUAAUUGAGAAAUAAAUUUUCAAUUUUCCAAUAAUACUGUUAAUUUAUUUUAUCCCUUCUCACCGAAGCAAAAGUGACUGCGCAAUAAUAAUUCUGGUCUGAUGUUGCUCUAAUUUAUUUAUAAAAGCUAUCGAACAGAUAUCGUUUCCAUUUGUUUUUCAUUAUUCCAAUUAAAAUAACAAAUCAUCCGCAGCGAUAUUAAUUACGUUUCCGUAAUAAAUAAAACGCUAUAAUUUUAAUUGAAUGAUAAACCUCUGAUUUAUUUUUAUUCAAACGUGAACUAUAAUUCGCUGUGUUCGUUAAAUAAAACGUAAUAGGUUUUUUUUUGUUUGUUUCAGCAAAUGGAACAGUUGAAUCAAGAGCUGAAUAAUAAAUUGUAAAAUCCUGCAUGUUCAGUGGCCAUUCUCUAUAGAGAAUGAUAACAAAAGACCACGAAACAACAAUGGAAGUAGAACGUGUUUAAACAUCAUUGUGUGAAAAGACUUUCCCUAUCAUGUACUAACUGUAAAAUAUCCCCGUUCUAAAGUCAUCAGAACAAUAAUUAGCAUACAAUGGAUGAUCACUUGACAAUCGGGUUGUACGAAAUCGAGGGCAAAUUUUAUAGAAUUCCGCUUUUAUGAAGUAACCGAUUUCUGGCACAUUUAUUUCUGGAAACAGUAGAAAGUUCAUUUUUUUAUGUAUUACACAUAAUUCUCUUGAAUAGAAGGUGGCUUUCAUGUUUAAGUUUUAUUUAUUAUGUUUUAACACAAAAAGUAUUGUAUAUAUUAUUAUAUCAUAUUUUAAUAGGCUUCAUCAGUGAAAUAUUUCCGAUUCCUUUCGAAUUAAACGCGCCACUAGUGAUACCACUCUACUUUACACUGAAAAUUUCUGCCUAGGGACAAUUAUCAAGUGUACAACCUGGUGAAUCUACAUUGCUAAGUAUACGCAUGCAGCAUGUGAGCUUGAAUUAGAAAUCCUAUUAUUUUCCAAGAA